GCUGGUGGGGUCCGGUCUCUCACAGUCGUCUCGCCCGCCGCCCUGAACGCACGCGUCGCUCGCAUUCCGCGGAACCGUGUCACAGAGUAGUUGUGUUGCCAGAGCGUUCGUGACUACACCGUGAAGUUUACAAGUGAUCGUAAAAGUUUAUCUCCAAAUGGUGGUGCUUGAAGACGGAGGAAUGAUGACUACCAAUCCUAAUCAAUACCUUCAGCCUGAUUAUCUGGCGCCUCUUCCGUCCUCUUUGGACUCGAAGAAAAGCCCGCUUGCGCUUUUAGCGCAAACAUGCAGCCAGAUUGGUGCGGAUACUACUCCUACCAAACCUCUGCUGCCCCCGUUGGACAAGAAAAAAGUGACUAGUGUAAAUAGUGAAAUUAUCAGCCGUUCAUCUCCAACAAACGCGAAACCGGACAAACCCCGUUCCACCCCGGAUAACAAACACCUCGCGUUCAAACCUUAUGAAGCAAAUGUUGUUUCCAAGAAACCUGAGGAAGCCCGCCCAUCCUCAAAGGCCAGCUCAGACAGUUCUGAUGAUAAGAAAUCUGGAAAAAGUACUCCUGGCAGGAAAUCAACUCCGCCAACUACAGAAAAUGGAAAGAGCAGUCCUUCAAAUGACGCUAAAUCCUCACCGGCGGGAUCAUCCGGUACUAGCCCAAUUAUCCGCUCCGGAUUAGAAGUUUUAGGUCACGGGAAGGAUCACCUUGGUGCUUUCAAGAACUUACCCGGCCUGCCUGGAUUUAACCCCCUGACUGGACUUUGCUGCCCGCCCGGAAUGGAGCAACAUGGAAACCCGGCCUUUAGACCUCCUUAUGCCGGUGCCCCAUUCAGUGCACACCAUGCAGCGAUGUUGGCUGCUGCCGCUGCAUUCCCCGGAUCAUCCCCGAACCCUUAUCUCGGCUAUGCACGAGUAAAAACACCGGCCGGCGGCGAAACGUUAGUGCCAGUAUGCAAAGACCCCUACUGCACUGGAUGCCAAUUCUCAGUUAACAACCACCACUUGCUAAUGAGCAACGGAUCGUGUCCCGCCGGCUGCACGCAAUGUGAACAUCAAAAAUACAACUUGGCUAUGGCGAUGGCGCUCUCCCAGCAGGGGGCAGCCGCCGCCGCCGCCGGUGGUCUCCCGUACCCCCAGCUAAGUCGGCCGUACGUUUGCAAUUGGAUCGUCGGCGAGUCCUACUGUGGAAAGAGAUUCGGUAAUUCCGAGGAGCUGUUACAGCACCUGAGGAGCCACACGACGGACGGUUCAACACCCGCGACCGUGUCGUCGUCUCAGCCAUCAUUGCUGAACCCGUUGAACCCUCUUUUCACAACCGCUGGAUUGAGGAGUGCCUACCCGACGGCACCGCUGAGCCCCCUCUCAGCAAGCCGGUACCACCCGUACUCAAAGGCGGGACUCCCAGCGAGCCUAGGUGGUUCUCCUUACGGUGCUUUCAACCCCGCACUUGGCCCCUUCUACUCCCCGUACGCGAUGUACGGCCAGAGACUGGGCGCAGCGGCCGUCCACCAAUAAGCCUAAAGUGAAGUGCAAACCUGGACUGAUUGGACUGAUUCAUAAUUUAAUAUCGUGUUGUCCAAUUUUCUUCUGUGAUAUUGAUAGACUCUAAAACAUUGUGCGGCUUGUCGCGCCAUGACAAAUUUAGUGAUUAGUGCAAUCUAAAUAUAGUAUUUAUGUAAGUAACUUGCCGAUGGAGUAGCUUCAAAGCGAGUUGUGUCUGAGCAAUGUGAGGACUCUGUACAGCCAAAUGAUUUGUGUAAAUAAUAAUCUCUAUGUUUAAUAUUAAAUGAAUUAUU